GACACACACUUCCCACCCGGUUCUUCCCCCCCCCCCCCCCCCCCCCAACACACACCCCCUCGCUCCGCCGGCCAUGGAGGGGAGAGAGGACGCGGAGUGCGAGUGCCAGGCGGCGUUCGCCGAAGCUCGGCGAUGGGUCGAGACAGUUACUGGGAAAAGCUUUGGAACCAAAGACUUUCGAGCAGCUCUGGAAAAUGGAGUCCUACUGUGCGAUUUGAUUAACAAGAUCAAACCUGGCGUUGUUAAGAAGAUCAAUCGUCUGCCAACUCCAAUAGCUGGCUUGGAUAAUAUAAAUGUUUUUCUGAAAGCGUGCGAAAAUAUUGGACUGAAAGAAGCUCAGCUUUUUCACCCAGGAGAUCUUCAGGAUUUGUCCAAUCGAGUUACAGUCAAACCAGAGGAGACCAACAGAAGAGUGAAAAAUGUUUUGAUUACAUUAUACUGGCUUGGGAGAAAAGCUCAGAGUAACCCUCAUUAUAAUGGUCCCUACCUCAAUCUUAAAGCAUUUGAGAAGUUAUUAGGGCAAGCACUGACUAAGGCACUUGAAGAGUCCAGCCACCUGAACAGAAGUGGCAGGGAUAGUGGGUAUGGUGAUAUUUGGUACGUUGACCGGGGAGAGACCUUUUCAUCUUCAGCUAGCCAUAAAAGAGACGAUUCCUUUGAUAGCCUGGAUUCCCUUGGUUCAAGAUCCUCCACAAGCUUUUCAUCAGAUAUCACCUUAAAAGGUGGCAGUGAAGGUUGUGACAGUGACACAGACUCAGAACUGCCUUUCAAAAUGCAUGAUUCCCAUAAAGAUGACAGGUCUUACCGUAGGAUUUCUGUGAUUGAACCAAAACCUACUGCUGACUUCAAUCGCUUCUUACCCAACAAAAAUAAGCAGACGGCGUAUGUGCCAGCACCCUUAAGGAAGAAGAGGACAGAGAAGAAUGAGGACAACAGGAGGAGCUGGGCAAGUCCCGUCUUCACUGAGUCAGAUGGAACAUUUUCAAGUGUACGUGAAAGGAAUCCUGUAGCUUCCUGUCAAAAUAGCAGAGCAGAGUGUGGGCUCACAAAUCCAGCUUCCCUCCAGAUGAUCUAUGAGUAUGACAGUGACUCUGAUUCAGAAGAUGAAAGAAAGCUGCCCGACGUGGUUAUGGAUGACUUAGCAAAACGUAGAUUUCUAGUCAAAAAGAGCCCUGUAAGCUCUGCUGCACCUGGACAUCAUUUUGUGUUGCGCAAUGACUCUCCUAAAUCUUGCUCACAAGAAAGUUAUCCAGCUGGUCCACUAGCUGCAAUGCUUGAACCACUGAGUAACCAGAGGAGGCAGAGGCAGUUGGAUACUAAAGAGGAAAACAAACCAAGAGUUAACAUUCCUUCAGAAUUAUCUGGGUAUUUUGAUGAGGACGAGGAAGAAGAAAUAGGCAUCCCAAACAUUGAAAAAGAUGAUCUCUAUUUUCGCAAGCUAAGUUCUUCAACGGCAAAUAGAGUUGUUGCUUUUGACAAAUUUCUUCCUAAGUUUUGGACUCCAGAAGAAGAGUUGCUAUGGAAAAAAAUCAGGAAAUCCUCUUUCAAACCCUGGUAUAAAGAGAUUCAAGGGUUCAGAAAGAAAUCAUAUUCUGAGGAUGAGGAAUUUGCUUACAAACAAAGCUCUGCCAUUGUUGCUAAUCAACCAAGACCAAGUUUUGACUGGAACAGCAGUUGCAGAAGGGAUCAGAAUUAUAAACCAGUUGCUGAAUAUGUGGGAAGCUCAUUGUCACAGAUUGCAGAAGGAAAAAUCUUGGAGGCUUCUGAUCAGCCCAGUCAGUUUUCGUUACUUCAGGCCCUGCAAAAAUACUCUGACUACUUGUCUUCUGAAACGAAGACCAAAAUUGAUCCUACUUCUGGCCCUAGGCUCAUAAAAUGUAGAAAGAAUAUUUCCUUUGUACCAGGAUGCAAGCAAGGAGACACAGAAAACGGAUAUCUGUAUCCAGAUUUAGAAAACGAUGACUUGUUCGUUCGGAAAACGGGGGCUUUCCAUGUGAAUCCAGUUGUUCUCCAAGACCCCCGGUAUUUAAAAAAAUUCUCUGACCAGGAUCCUCCCUUGGAGGGUGAGAUAAUUUUGCAACCCAGAGAGGGCCAACCUGUGAUUCCAGAUUUGGAAAAGGAUGACAUGAUUUUCCGUAAAAUCCUCUCUCAGAAAAAAGAGGUGCCUUUAUCAGGUGCUCCAGACAAGUAUCACCCAGCACUCUUUCCUGAUCCAUGGAGCCUUCCAGAGGAGAUUCGGUCCAAAUUUCUAUGUUUACUUGAAAAAAACACAACUCCGGAGGAAAGAAAGAGCAAUGGCAGAGUGCUGUCACCAUCUUCCCACCAUAAGAAGGAUGAUAUGCUGACCCGUAAAAUUGAAUCUUGGAAGGUGGGAAGCAACACCCAGCCAGUAAAUUUCAUCCCAGGUCCAUGCAGUGAAGAAGACUGGAAGAAGUGGGAAGCGAUCAGGGAGGCCAGCAAAGUUAGACACAAGAAACGGCAGAUGGUGGAGAGACUGUUUCAAAAGCUUUCUGAUGAGCAAGGGAGUAAAUCUUUGAAUGAUGUCAGAGCAGAGGAGCUGCAGUCAUUGCGCAAAAUCCGUUAUGAAGAGCUGCAAAGGAUAAAAGAACAGUUACAAGAACAAGAUCUAAAGUGGCAAGAAGAUCUAGCAAAAUGGAAGAAUCGUAGAAAGAGCUUCACUUCUGAAUUGCAAAAGAAAAAGGAAGAGAGAGAAGAAAUAGAAAGGAGAGCCUCUGAGGUUUCUGAAAGGAGUACCAAGUCACUGAAAGAAAUGCAGCAGGAGAGGGAGGACAGAGACCAAGACUCCUAUCGGCAGCGAAAACAUGAACCCAGAUGGACGUAUUCACUGAAUGACGAUGUGUUUAGUGAAGAAAAAGCACCUUCCACACAGUCAGCACCAAAAGAUUACCUUUCAGAAGAAGAUACCUCCUACAGCACAAGUGUGUAUGCUGUACAACUGUGCAAGGAGAACCUGCCAGAGACCUCGGCCGCUCAUGAAGCUCCUGCUCUGCCAAAGAGCCUGGCAGAGGAGCAGAGCUCGGCUCUUUUGUCUACCCGCUACUCGGCAAAUGCUCAAACUGGGUCAGCUCAGGUUUCAGCUUCUCUCCCGAGAAGUUACCAGAAAACUGAUACCUCUAGGUUAACAUCUGUGGUUACACCAAGACCUUUUGGUGUCCACUCAAGAGGAAUCUCAUCACUUCCACGGUCGUUUACGAUGGAUGAUACCCAGAAAUACAACGGAGAAAUAGAAAAAGCUAAAAGAAUUCAAACUUUGUUCACUAGCAGUUCAUUUUCACAACCAGACUCUGCACACCCUCUCUCCACUAGUGCAUUCAGUAGCAGAAAUGGGGAGGAGGAGGAGAGAAAAGAAGGUAUUCAGUCAACACCUCCUCCUAGUUUGUCAUUACCUGUAAAAUCCCAAGACCAAGAUACUGGAAGCAGUAUUCUUAAACCAGAGUAUUGCUCUCCUCCUGAUUCUCUUUCACUUGCAUCUUCUGCAGAAAAUGUGAGUCUGCCAGAGACUGAGGAUUCAAAAUCCCCGGAACAGUACAGUGAAAUGAGAAUUAGUAUAAACCAGAGACCUGGCCACAGUCGCAGCUUUGGGUUUACAACAAAUUGGAGUUCUUCAGGGGCCUUUGUACAGACGGUUGAAGAAGGUAGCCCUGCAGCACUUUGUCAACUGCAUGUAGAUGAUGAGAUCAUUGCUAUCAACGGCACAAAGGUUUCAUGUAUGGACUGUAGUCAGUGGGAGGAAGCCGUCGGCAGAGCACUAGAAACUGGAAACCUGGUCAUGGAUGUCAGACGAUAUGGAAAGAAUGAUUGGGGCAAAGACCAGCCUUCCCUGCCACAUGUAACGCAUAAAAUCCUCAAUCUCACCAGUAUGGCUACCAACAUUAUAGGUACAUCUGAAAAUAAAUGGAUUGAUGCGACUUCUGGAGAACACGUUUCAAAUGUUUCCACCAUAUCAACAAAAAGAGAUUUCUCCAGCAGCCUUCGAAGUUCUGAUACAGAAACAAAAUUGAUAAAUGGAAUGCAAAGAGAUCUUGGCUCUAAUGAGCAAAGAGCAUCUGAACCUAUUUCUUUGAAAAACUUAAAAAGGCGGUCACAAUUUUUUGAGCAAGGAGGCCCAGAGACUGCAAUGCCUGAUCUCCCAGUUCCAACCAUUAGCGUUCCUAGUCGUCGGGUUUGGGAUCAAGAGGAAGAACGAAAACGGCAGGAAAAAUGGCAAAAGGAGCAGGAGCGUUUAUUGCAGGAGAAAUACAAACGGGAACAAGAAAAACUGAGGGAAGAAUGGCUACGAGCUAAGCAAGAAGCAGAAAAAGAGAGCUCAAAGUAUUUUGAUGAGGAGCAGACUGUUCUAACCUUAAACACAACGUCUGUCCCUGAACGGGCCCCAUCUGUGUCCAGUUGGAGCGCAAGCCCUGAAGCAAAUACUCAUGAGGAGCCAGAAGGAGAUGGAGGAAGCGAGCUGGCAGCACGCUUGUUGGGCAAGGGAGAAGAGAGGAGGAGGCUUCAGAAGGAACAGAGGAUCCAGGAAGAGGAAGAAAGCGAGCUAAAAGAGCUGGAGUUUGAGAGACAACGUAAAGAGAGGGAACAGCAGUAUGCUGAGGAGCAGAGACGGCAGGCUGAAAGGCAGAGCAAGGCGCCAGUGGAGAUGUCUCAGUACCAAAGACAUUAUGAGCACUAUGAAGUAUCUAAAACAAUAGAGGAUCGAGCUGGCCAUCCUCUCAUUGAAAGGCAUUAUGAGCAUCAUGAAGUUUCUAAAACCAUUGAGGAGCAACGUGGCCAGUCAUUUACUGACAGGAAUAAGUCCAAGUCGACCUCAGAACUGAAUGAAUUCAACACAAUCGGAAAUGAUACCCAGAGCAAACAUCCAGAGAGGUCCUGCAACGCGAGUGAGUCGCAGAAGAAGCCUCAGAAGGAGCACAGCCUGUCUGCGGCAGAGUUGGAGAGACAGCAAAUCCUUCAGGAAAUGAGAAAGAAAACAUCUCUACACACGGACAGCAGCUGGAUUAGGCAGCGCAGUUCCAGUAUACAUAAGGAGCCCAUUAGUCUGUACAGCAAUAGUAUGAGGAGAGGGGAGUCUUUGGACAAUCUUGAUUCUUCAAGAACGAGCUCAUGGAGGCACCACUCGUGGCUGAACCAGUCUGCCUCCUCUUCAUCUCUAGCUUCUAGUCAAGAUUUCAGUCGUCCGGUGUCCACUUCAAACCGAGCCUACAUGUGCACUCCUUCCUCCAGCAAAGCACCUCCUGCGGCUGCCUCUGCGAGAGCCCCCUCCGUGUCCCAGGCAGCCCCUCGGGCUCAAUCUCCCCUCUCUGCUUCCCAGCCAGGGUCCCAGACACGCAGCAGGUCAGUCAGUGGGAAGAAAAUCUGUUCAUACUGUAAUAACGUUCUGGGCAAAGGAGCAGCCAUGAUCAUUGAGUCUCUUGGUCUUUGUUAUCAUUUACAUUGCUUUAAGUGUGUUGCCUGUGGAUGCGACCUUGGCGGAUCCCGCUCUGGAGCUGAAGUUAGGAUCCGAAACAACAAGCUCUUCUGCAAUGACUGCUAUAUCAGAUUUAAAACUGGACAACCAACCUCCAUGUGAAGCAAAUGAAGAUAUGAAGCCACUGAUGCAGAUAGAAGAAGAGGUGAUUGCUGCUGAUGUAGAUCUAUAAAUAUAUAUAUUGUGUGUAUGUGUGUUUUUUCUAAGAGUAACUCUUGCUUGUCUAGUCUUCAUAGCAAUGCAUUGUAUUCUUCAUAUAACUAUUUUUAUUUAUAAGAAAGUAAUUGCAGUAAGGAAAUAUCUGGGGAAAAUGCUUUCACUUUUUCAGCUUCAAGUACUGAGAGCACAAUGGGAGAAUAAGUAUAUUUUCAGUAAUAACUUCAAAAUAUUUUUGAGGCUUAUAAUCAACUAUUUGGCUUUCCAAUGGUAUAUGAAGAGGGUAUUUUGUUUCUAAGCUCUUGAAAUGAGCAUUAGAGAAAUAGCUAAUAUAAAUAUAUAUUUGCAAUUGCUGUCUUUAUUUUUGACAUAUACUGAAAGUGAAUUCUCUAGGUUAAUAUGAAGCUGCAUUUAAAUGCACGCAAAUGUGUUUGCUUUCCAUAUGCUGGUUUCUAAAAUUAUGUGCUUUUUUGAAACAAAUACAAAGAAUAAUCUGUUUGCUCAGUGGUGUUGGCAUAAUAUCUCUGGAAUCUAUUUAAGGGGAAGAGUUCUCUUUUCCCAUUUGGAAAAUGUAACUAUCACUUUUUCCUCCACAAACUGAGUGGAGAAUGGUUGUUGAAUUACAGUAUAUUUGUAAAUAAAAUUUCUGAUGUUGCAUUUA